AUGUGCACAAAUCUCAUUAAGAAGUACAUCGUCGUCACUGAAGAGAAGACUUGGAGUGAGGCUCAGCGCUACUGUCAGAAUAACCAUACGGACCUGGCCAGUGUGAGGGAUGUAACAGAGAAUAACACCAUACAUCAGGCCAUACUGCAGGCCAUGAAGGAAGAGGUGGUGUGGAUCGGCCUGUAUAGAGACUGGAGGUGGUCUGACCAGAGUGGCUCAACCUUCAGAAACUGGAUGGCAGGCGAGCCAAACUGGGCAACUACGGUAGUAGGAAAGCACGGAGAGCUCUGUGUGGAAGUUAAGUUCCCAUCUGGAGAGUGGAAUGAUAACCUCUGUGUCACCGAAAAUCAUUUUAUCUGCUAUGAUGAUAAACUGGUUCUGGUCUCAGAGAACAAGACGUGGUCAGAAGCCCUGAGGUACUGCAGAGACCGGCACAUGGAGCUGGUGUCUGUCCACAACCACAGCAUCCAGCAUUGGGUCCGACAGAAAGCCAAGAUGGCCUCCAGUCCCUUCGUCUGGCUGGGCCUGAGGUACACCUGCACUCUGGACUUCUGGUUCUGGGUCAAUGGAGAAGAGUCCUGCUACCACAACUGGGCCCACGGGGAGGGCUACAACACCAGCAAGGAGCAGUCUGGGAACACGGGGGCCAUAGAGAGAGUUGGGGGGAAGUGGGUCGGCCUGCCUGAGACUGACAAAUUCAACUUCAUCUGCAGCAAGAGUGAUGGACCUGAAACCUGCAGCCCAACACAUUGUUCCAGACCCUGAUAUCUGGACCAGCUGAACCCUACAGCCCAACACAUUGUUCCAGACCCUGAUAUCUGGACCAGCUGAACCCUACAGCCCAACACAUUGUUCCAGACCCUGAUAUCUGGACCAGCUGAACCCUACAGCCCAACACAUUGUUCCAGACCCUGAUAUCUGGACCAGCUGAACCCUACAGCCCAACACAUUGUUCCAGACCCUGAUAUCUGGACCAGCUGAACCCUACAGCCCAACACAUUGUUCCAGACCCUGAUAUCUGGACCAGCUGAACCCUACAGCCCAACACAUUGUUCCAGACCCUGAUAUCUGGACCAGCUGAACCCUACAGCCCAACACAUUGUUCCAGACCCUGAUAUCUGGACCAGCUGAACCCUACAGCCCAACACAUUGUUCCAGACCCUGAUAUCUGGACCAGCUGAACCCUACAGCCCAACACAUUGUUCCAGACCCUGAUAUCUGGACCAGCUGAACCCU